AUGAACGGCUUUCAGGCGGGGAGGGCCCCCUUCGACUACGGGGCCUCCAUCCCGCCGCUCUCCUCCUCGAGUCCUAAUAGCAAACCCAUGGCAAACGGGUACAGACUAGAGGUCCCCAAUGGCCUCGAGAAGGUCCCUCUGCCAUUCGGCUCUACGGGAUCCGGCCACUUGCCGAGAACGGGCCGCGUCGACCUCAGAGAUGCCAUACAGGUUCACUUGCUCACCGAGACGGCCCUCUCCGACAGCAAAAGCUACAGCAUUCUGUCUCAGGAAGAGGUGGACGAACUAAAGAAACUGUCACAGCUCCUCGCUCAACGCGUCGAGUCAACCAAGAAGAAUCUUGCCAUGCAGUCCAAAUAUCGCGACGCCGCCGUGUCCAUGGCCAAGCUUUACGGCCCUGCCCAACCCGACGAUCCCAACGCGAUAGAAGCCGAGCGCGAAAGGGAGGCGUGUGAACGCCAGUGCGAGCAGCUCGCCGCCGAGUUGUUUAAUCUGGAAAAACGACUCAUGGGCCCCCAGCGCCGCCUCCUCGAGCACACUGCCGGCAUCCUCCAGCUCACCCACAAGGCCUCCAAGAAGAAACCCCCUCCGCCUAUUGGCCAGCUCAUCAACGGCAUGCCCGGCAGCCCGGAGAGCCUGCAUACGUACUCUCUCAGCGGAAGCAGUCUUGACCAAGCAGCCGACGACAACUACCUCGACGACCCCAGUAUUUACCAGCUGGAUUAUCCAGGCGGUCCUCAAGUGAGCAGGCAACCCAAGAAGAACGCCAUCGAGAUUCCCAUGAAGUCGCCCAUCCGCGAGCAGCACCAGCUUCGCGGCGAGAUGGACCGUAUGCGAGAGGAGAACAUGCAGCUGCGCGGCCAAACAGACGUCGUCAUCAAGCAGCUCCAACACCUCAAUUCAUCCCUCCGCGAGACCAUAAUAAGAUUCAACCCCGAGAUAAACGGCGAUUAUCAGGAGCCUCAACGAGUCGCUCAUCUUCAGAGACCUACCGAAUCCGACGUUCAAGGACAGAUCAACUACCUCGAGGCCUCGCUACGUGUGGCCGACUCCAAACUGGGCCAGGCAAUGUCGGGGGGGCUAGACGCCGAAACCGGGCCUGUGCUGGAACGUCUUUGGGACAGCAUCCAAAGCGGAUUUGCCGAGACGAGGAAGCGCAAGGAAGAGCGCCGGAAAGCCCGGGCGGACAAGAGCCUUCCUGAUGAGGAUGACGUGUCCGAGGAUGAGGGGGUUUCGUGGCUGCACGCGCAGGCAUCUACCUUGAGGGACCAGAAAUAUGUGCUCCAGAGACAAGUCAAACAGCAACGCGAGCUGAACAACAAAUCGGACACCGAAAAGGACGAGGCGCUUGGCAGAAGGCAGGAAGAGUUGGAGCAGAGCCGCCAGCUUCUCCUCAACGCCGAGAAGGACGCCACAGAAGCCCAGACGAUGCUGUCCAAGGCCCUGGACGACCUCGAGACGGCCAGAAACUCAGCCGGGGCCGCGGAGGCUGCCACGGCCGACAUCACGGAGCGCGAUGCCAAGAUCAACGCCCUCGAGGCACAGUUGAAGGAAGCAGAAAAGAACCUGGCGACAGCCGAGUCGGAGGGCAACGGUGCAGUACAAAAGUUGGCGAACGUGGACCUGCAAAUCGCUUCCCUGACGCAAGAGAAGGCGGCUGCAGAGGAGAAGGUGCAGGGUCUGGAAAAAGAGCUGGGGGAGAAGGCGGCGAAGCUGUCAGAGAAUGAGAAGGUGUUCAAGAUGAAGGAAAACGAGAUGGAGCUACUCAACAUGACCCUGGCCGAGCUUAAGACCGAAGUCACGAUUGCCCGAGCGGAGCUGGACGGCGCAUAUGGAUCCCGUGCAGAACGGGCGGCAGACGUGGCGGCCCUCAAGAACAACUCGGAAGUUGUCAAACUCCAGAACCAGGUGACGAGGCUCAAGCAGGAACUCGGCGAGACGGUACAGGAAUUGGAGGGCAUCACCAAGGAGACAAUAGGAGCGGAACGCGAAAAGGUGGAGCUCGAAGUCAAGCUCGACGAGGCCAUGUCAGCCAAGGAGGCGGUCGAAGCCGAGAUGCAACGAUCCAGAGAGCAGAUGUCGAAGCUACAGGAAGAGCUGGAUGGCGAGCGCUUGAAGGCCGCGUCUGGCCAGGGAACCGGAGGCAGGCCGGGAGCCGGCGCAUCGAUGCUGAGUGAGCAAUUCAGGGCGACGAUGAGGGAGGAGCGGAAGAGGUUCCAGGAAGACCUCAAGGAGGAGCGUUCCAAGUGCCGCAAACUGGAAGAGGAGCUCAACCGGCUGAAGCGAAGUCAGGGGCCCGGCAAGGGCCCGUUGAGUCCCCGGUAG